GUCAUCGAUAGUUGGUUAUGUCAGCAUUACCGAUUAUCCAUUCGUAAAAUUUAUCUACAGCUGAAUUUUCAAACAUGCUAUUUCCAGCUGAUUUCCGUUGUAUUGACUGUAACUCGAAAUUACGUUGAUAGCACGCGAUCAUGCCGCCGAAGAAGAACGCCGGUGCCGCGAAGUCCAGCAAGGGAAAAUCCUCGGAGGAGAGCAGCGGCGGGAAGACAGAGAAAAAAGGAGGAACUUCGGUAAAGGUUAGACAUAUUUUGUGCGAGAAACAGUCCAAGAUAUUGGAGGCAUUGGAGAAGUUGAAGACUGGUCAAAAAUUCAAUGAGGUUGCGGCAACAUACAGCGAGGACAAAGCCAGAUCUGGGGGUGAUCUUGGUUGGAUGACGCGAGGUUCCAUGGUGGGACCUUUCCAAGAUGCUGCCUUUGCAUUACCAGUUUCUAGCCUGGGAUCUCCGGUUUAUACGGAUCCACCAGUAAAAACGAAGUUCGGGUAUCACAUCAUAAUGGUGGAAGGUAAAAAGUAAUCAAAAAUAAUUGCCAAAACUUUUUUAAACUCUUUUGUGAAUAUUUUGUCUUGUUACAUAUCUGAUGGAGUAAAUAUAUAUUAUAUCAUUUAGGUACUGAUUUUUUAAAUAUCUGUGAUAUUUAUUAUAAUAAGCAUGUUUUGUAUAUCUUGAAUUUUUACAUGAAGAAAGUAAUUCAGGGUAAUUUAACCCAAUAAUACUUGCCAUAAAUUGAUACAUAUAAAGUAAAAUGAUGUUUUUUAAUAAUAAAUAAAU